UUGUUAACAGGAUGUCAUAUUACAACGUACUAGAUACCUGGAUUAAACCUCAUAUAUCCAGGUGUUGUACAUAUAAAGCCAGGUGGCCGAAAAGCAUAAUGAUCUACUCUUUUCUCUACCCAUUGUCUUAUGUUGCACACAUAUAUCAUAUCUCUUUGGAUGGUAAAAACUUGUGAAAAAUUGCCCGCAAUUUUUAUUUGCAUACGAAAACAUCCUGAUUAUUUUAGUGAUACACACCAAUUUGUUACCAUUUUAAUUAAAAUGGAUUUUAAUAUAUUUCUGUUGUUUCUGGCUCUAACUAUUCUAUUCCUCUCGUAUUUCUUACUAGACGUUAAUUACUUUAUAAGAGCAGUAUUCACAAUUUUUAUGUCUAAAUUUUUUAGAAAACCAAUAAAAUUUUACGGAAAGUCUGCAAUUUACGGAAUUGUACUUCCAAUGGAUGCAGAUUUGCUCUUCACUCACAUGAAUAAUGCCAGGGUAUUUCGAGAACUCGACUUUGGACGUUGGGAUCAUUUGCAAAGGAGCGGUCUUUUAGGAAUCCUUUACCGGACAAAGGGAUGGGGUGUGGUCAGUGCUCAAACUUGUCGCUACAGGAGAGCACUGCACAUGUUUAUGAUGUACAAAAUAGAGACGCGACCCGUGUAUUACGAUUCAAAUAACAUUUACUUUGAACAGAAAGUGAUUUCCAUAAGAGAUGAGAUUGUUCGGUGCUUGGCCCACGUCAAACUCGCUGUGAAUUUGGAUCUGGACAAAGUGAUAGCCAAACAUUUUCCAGACACAGUGAAAGUUCCAGCCCCGAAAGAUCUCGAAUUGUACAUAGAUUACAAUCGAGUCAAUAGUGAAAGAUUGCGAGUAACUAAAAAGCGUUCAAAAUCAUUAACCUUGCAAGAAAUCGAAAAUGACGAUGUUAAUAAGCAAGGAGAACAACUUUUAGAUACAUAAAUAUUUAGUAUCUAUAUACAUGAACUGAGUCACUUAAAAUGUAAUACUAUUUAAUAUGCAGCUGUUUACAGAUUUCUCUUAAUAAAUAUAUUUUGUUAUAUUACA